CAAAUGCAAAAAUGAUUAAUUCAAAAGCAACCAAAGUCAUAAAGAUUGAUACAAGAGAAGGAAUAAGUAGAGGAUUGUGCCUGCGUUAUGCAAAAUCAGUGUAUGUUCUUGAAUAUCCUGCUUUUAAUGUUCCUGGAGCUGCUCCAAAAAAUGUAUCACAAUGUCAUGUAAACCAUCGCCCAUUAAUUUACGGAGGUUCAAAAGCGAAAGGAAAGGAAUUUCCACACAUGGCUUUAAUUGGUUAUGCCAAAGAAGACGAUAUCAAAUGGAUGUGCGGUGGCUCACUAAUCACCGAAGAAUGGGUUUUGACUGCAGCUCAUUGUGCUUAUACAACCUAUGGUGAAGCAAAAUUUGUUCGUCUGGGGGAAUUAGAUUUUGCAGAUGACAAUGAUGAUUCUGAACCUCAAAAUUUUGAUGUUAUUCAAAUUGAAGAACAUCCCGAGCAUGGUAUUUCUCAUUAUAACGAUAUAGCGUUACUCAAACUUAACAAAAAAGCAAAACUUACGGCUUAUGUUCGACCAGCAUGUUUAUGGACUAAACAUGAUAUUAAAAACAGCAAAGCAAUAGCAACCGGAUGGGGUCUUACUGGAUGGAUUCCAUUUUUCCACAAUAGGAGUUCGCAUUUACUUCAAGUAACAUUAAGUUUAGUACCUCAAUCAAUUUGUAAUCAAACAAUUUUUAAUGCGCAUCGUUUGAAUAAAGGAAUAAUUGAUGAAAUGCAAAUUUGUGCUGGUGUUGGUGAAAAUGAUAAAGACAAGAAAGAUACAUGCCAGGGUGAUUCAGGAGGACCUUUACAAAUAUUUGCAAACGACGUCGAAUGUAUGUAUUAUAUAAUUGGCGUUACUUCGUUUGGAAAACCUUGUGGAAAGACACGAGCUGCAGGAGUGUAUACAAGAGUGUCGAAUUAUAUUCCAUGGAUUGAAAGUACUAUAACAUCAAAAAGUCAAGCAUGUACUCACAGAAGAAGCGGAUCGCCCGGUACAUGUAAAGUAUUAGAUAAUUGUGAUGAAGCUGUGAGCGAUCUUUUUGACAGGGAUAUAAAUCCUCAAAUAUGUAGUUGGAAGAAAAAUGUUCAAGUAGUAUGUUGUCGGAAUACGGAACCUGUAAAACCAAACAAGACAUCAGAAGUAAAAAUUGAUACAAGAAAUGGAAUCAGUAGAGGAUUGUGCUUGUAUUAUGCAAGCACUGUCUUUACUAUCAAGAAUCCACCUUUUAAUGUUCCUGGAGCUGUGCCUAAAAAUAUAUCACUAUGUGGAGUGAAAUACCGGCCCUUAAUUUACGGUGGUACUUUAGCUGGUGGAAAGGAAUUUCCACAUAUGGCUUUAAUUGGUUACGGCGAAGAUGAGGACAACAUCGAUUGGAGUUGCGGGGGUUCAUUAAUUACCGAAGAAUGGGUUAUGACAGCAGCUCAUUGUGCUUAUACAAUUAAUGGGGAUGCAAAAUAUGUUCGUUUGGGAGAUUUAGAUUAUGCAGAUGAUAAUGAUGAUGCUUCUCCUCAAGAUUUUAAAAUUGUACAAAUAGAAAAACAUCCCGACCAUAGUACCUCUCAUUAUAACGAUAUCGCUUUAUUAAAACUUAAUAAAAAGGCAGAAAUUAAUGCUUACGUUCGGCCAGCGUGUUUAUGGACCAAACGUGAAGUUGAGGCCAAGAACAACAGAGCUUUGGUAACUGGUUGGGGAACAACCAAAUUUUUUGGUGUUAAAAGUUCUCAGUUACUUCAAGCGGCAUUAAGUAUAAUACCUCAUUCAGAAUGUAAUAGUACGUAUCAAAAAGAAGAACGUUUAAAUCAAGGAGUGCUUGAUGAUAUGCAACUUUGCGCUGGGGCAGCACCAAACGAAUCCAACAAAGAUACAUGUCAGGGUGAUUCAGGAGGACCAUUACAAAUAUUUGCUGAGGACGUCCAUUGUAUGUAUUAUAUAAUUGGAGUUACAUCGUUUGGAAAACCUUGUGGAUAUACACGAAUUCCAGGAGUGUAUACAAGAGUAUCGAAUUAUAUUCCAUGGAUAGAAAAAACUGUAUGGAAAAAUUGAUAGUUUUCUUUUCAAAAUUGUAAUUCAAACAAACAAUAUACAUAAAACAAUUUU